CGGGGCGGGGCUGUGCGCUGUGUUCUGAGUGAAGGCGGCGGCAGGGUUCGGGCUGCGCGGGGACAGCGGGUUCGGGUCUAGGGUGGACGCCACCGGUCGGAGCAAGGCGGCCAGAACCGAAGUCCCGGCCAGUCUUCAGGACCCGGCAGAGAUCGUCCGGGCCAAGGCGGGGGCUCGCGUCCCAGAGGACGGAGGCUGGGGCUGAACGAGUGCCCGGGUAGGGGCGCGCCAGAUGAUGGAUUUGGAUGUCCUUCUAUGAAGCAAUGCCACGUGGACCAAAAGCAAGCAUGUCUGGGCUACUGCCGUCUUAGGAAUCCAGGGCCUGGAGACAGCUCUUCCUUGAGGAAUCAGGAGAGGUGUGACCCAGGAACAAGAAGCAUAUCCUCACCAAUGACAUCAUGACAGCAAGAGAGCACAGCCCUCGCCAUGGUGCCAGGGCCCGUGCGAUGCAGCGGGCUUCCACCAUUGAUGUGGCAGCCGACAUGGUGGGCCUCUCUCUGGCAGGAAAUAUCCAAGACCCAGACGAGCCCAUUUUAGAAUUCAGCUUAGCUUGCAGUGAGCUGCACACUCCAUCGCUAGAUCGGAAGCCAAAUAGUUUUGUGGCUGUCAGUGUCACCACCCCUCCGCAGGCGUUCUGGACGAAGCAUGCACAGACGGAGAUCAUUGAGGGAACCAACAAUCCUAUCUUUCUGAGCAGCAUUGCCUUCUUUCAAGACUCCCUUAUCAACCAGAUGACACAGAUCAAGCUGUCUGUGUAUGAUGUCAAAGAUAGAUCUCAGGGAACAAUGUAUUUACUGGGCUCUGGAACAUUCGUUGUCAAAGAUCUGCUCCAAGACAGGCAUCACAGAUUGCACCUGACACUGAGGUCAGCAGAGAGUGACCGAGUAGGUAACAUAACUGUGAUCGGCUGGCAAAUGGAGGAGAAGUCUGACCAGCGGCCCCCUGUGACCCGGUCUUUGGAUACUGUCAACGGGAGGAUGGUUCUGCCCGUUGAUGAGAGCUUGACCGAGGCAUUGGGAAUCCGAUCCAAAUAUGCUUCUUUGCGAAAGGACACCUUGCUGAAAUCAGUGUUCGGUGGCGCCAUCUGCCGCAUGUACCGGUUCCCAACCACUGAUGGCAACCACCUACGGAUCCUGGAGCAGAUGGCAGAGAGUGUCCUCUCCCUGCACGUGCCUCGGCAGUUUGUGAAGCUGCUGCUGGAAGAAGAUGCAGCCAGAGUGUGUGAGCUGGAAGAGUUGGGGGAGCUGUCUCCUUGCUGGGAGAGCCUCCGGAGGCAAAUUGUCACCCAGUAUCAGACCAUCAUCCUCACCUACCAGGAAAACCUGACUGACCUCCAUCAGUACAAAGGUCCUUCAUUUAAAGCAAGCAGUUUGAAAGCAGAUAAAAAGUUAGAAUUUGUUCCCACAAACCUGCACAUACAAAGGAUGAGAGUUCAAGAUGAUGGAGGCUCAGAUCAGAACUAUGACGUGGUCACUAUCGGAGCCCCAGCAGCACACUGCCAAGGUUUUAAGUCAGGAGGUCUUCGAAAAAAGCUGCACAAGUUUGAAGAGACCAAGAAACACAGUUUUGAGGAGUGUUGUACAUCAUCUAGCUGCCAGUCCAUAAUCUACAUACCGCAGGACAUCAUCCGAGCCAAGGAGAUCAUUGCCCAGAUCAACACCCUGAAAACCCAAGUUAGCUACUACGCAGAACGGCUCUCAAGGGCAGCCAAGGACAGGUCUGCCACUGGCCUUGAGAGGACACUCGCCAUCUUGGCAGACAAGACCCGGCAGUUGGUCACUGUCUGUGACUGUAAGCUGCUGGCCAACUCCAUCCAUGGGCUGAAUGCUGCACGGCCCGACUACAUCGCUUCCAAGGCCUCCCCUACCUCGACUGAGGAGGAGCAGGUGAUGCUUCGGAAUGACCAGGACACCCUCAUGGCCAGAUGGGCAGGGAGGAGCAGCCGGUCUUCCCUGCAGGUGGACUGGCAUGAGGAGGAGUGGGAGAAAGUGUGGCUGAAUGUGGACAAGAGCCUGGAAUGCAUCAUCCAACGCGUAGACAAGCUUCUGCAGAAGGAGCGUCUGCAGGAGGAGGGCUGUGAGGAUGUUUUCCCCUGUUCAAGCACCUGCUCCAGCAAGAAAGAUUGCAGCCCCCCUCCUGAAGAGUCCAGUCCAGGUGAAUGGAGUGAGGCCCUUUACCCUCUGCUGACCACCCUCACAGACUGUGUGGCCAUGAUGAGCGACAAAGCCAAGAAGGCCAUGGUCUUCCUGCUCAUGCAGGACAGUGCCCCCACCAUUGCCUCAUACCUGAGCCUGCAGUACCGCCGGGACGUUGUCUUCUGCCAAACCCUGACAGCCCUCAUCUGCGGCUUCGUCAUCAAGCUGAGGAACUGCCUACACGAUGAUGGCUUCCUGCGGCAGCUCUAUACCAUCGGACUUCUGGCCCAGUUUGAGAGCCUGCUGAGCACCUAUGGAGAGGAGCUGGCCAUGUUGGAGGACAUGAGCCUUGGAAUCAUGGACUUGAGGAACGUGACCUUUAAAGUCACCCAGGCCACUUCAAAUACAUCAACUGACAUGCUGCCAGUCAUCACAGGAAACCGUGAUGGCUUUAAUGUGCGGAUCCCCCUGCCAGGACCACUGUUCGACUCCCUGCCCCGAGAGAUCCAGAGUGGCAUGCUGCUGCGGGUGCAGCCGGUCCUCUUCAAUGUGGGCAUCAAUGAGCAACAGACACUGGCUGAGAGGUUUGGAGACACAUCCUUACAAGAAGUCAUCAACAUAGAGAGCUUGGUGCGGUUAAAUUCCUACUUUGAGCAGUUUAAGGAGGUUUUGCCGGAGGACUGUCUACCUCGAUCUCGGAGUCAGACCUGCCUGCCGGAGCUGCUGAGGUUCCUAGGACAGAACGUCCAUGCACGCAAGAACAAGAAUGUGGACAUCCUCUGGCAAGCUGCUGAGGUCUGUCGCCGCCUUAAUGGGGUUCGAUUCACCAGCUGCAAGAGCGCCAAGGACCGCACAGCCAUGUCAGUGACGCUGGAGCAGUGCCUGAUCCUGCAGCAUGAACACGGCAUGGCCCCGCAGGUCUUCACACAAGCCCUGGAGUGCAUGCGCAGCAUUGGAACACGGGAGGUAGUCACCCAGAAGAACUUGAGCGGCCUGGUGCCCAUCCGAGACUUAAGGCUAGACCCCAGCCUCCUUUGUUCCAUUCCUUUAUUAGCUCUGAGCCCCAAUUUACUGAUUGUGUGGCUCUUUCUGAGCAUAGCAUACCUGGUGACCAAAUUGCGUUGUAAGUAAAUACCAUAUGAAAAAUUAGUCACGGGACAGACAAAACAUGUCCAGCCACCGUGUGCCAAACUGGACAGAAGGAAGGUGUCCAAGCGAGGUCUGCCGAGAACUAUCCCAUGCCUUACAGUCUGAUGUUUUGUUCUUCUGAACUGUAAAUACCUGCCAAAUUCUUUCAUCGAGAGGACUCGUUCAUUUUGAUUGCAUAGCGUCUUCAGUGCUUGCAACAUGUUUUUCUGGUGCCCUGUAACUGCAUUCUUUAGCUGGCCUGGAAUUACUUGUACCAAAAAUCUUACCUUCUGAUGUGUAACUAUUUAUUACAUGUACAUCUUGUGUGCCCUGUUCCAAGAGAAAGGGGUGCUGUCUGAAAAGAGUUUGUAUAUUUGAUACUAUUCCUUAAGUGUGUUGCUAACCUUCCUAGCCUUUUGAAGAAGUCAACAAGAAAAAGAUGCUCUGUCCGUUUAUCUAGAUACCCCUGUUUGAUAGGACUGGACUUCCUCCUUUCCUUUCAAAGCGUAGUCCUGGGAUUGCAAUAGCAAACAGAUCGCAGAGCCCCACUCCCCGCUUCCAGCUGUCUCCAUGUGGUAAUGACAGCUGUGGAUCACAGGAGCACAUGCCACCGAGUCUAGCACACAAAGAUGACAUGUUGCAUGUGACUUCAGGGUUACCCUUAAUACACAUAGUAGCAAGAGUUAUAUAGUUUUUUCUUGAAAUAACUUUUUUUAAUUUAAAAAUUGUAUGUUUUAUUCCAGAUGAAAUCUUUUUUCUUUUACUAAUACAAUAAGUAUUCUAUAAUGAACAAAAAAUCAGAGAAAAACGAUUUUAAAAAAUGAGGCUUAAGUUUUGGCAGUUGUGAGAGAGAGGUGUGAGUAGAGGAGAUGGCUGUGAGUUUUGCCAUGGUCACUCUUAAUUUUAACAUGGCACUGCCCCUAAAAUAGGAUGACUAGUCACCCCGACAUUCAUGUGGCAGAGAAUGAUUGUCCUCCAUAAAAGUAACCAAGUAGCCUAGGAAAGAUUCCCCUUGCUUUGUGGCCUUGUGUAAGAAAUAGUGAGUGGCUUCUCCACCUUCCAGUUCAUAGUAGGUUGUAUUUCUGCUUUUGACCUUCAGUUCAAUGAAGGAGACUUCUUUUCAUGAGUCUUGUGGGAAACCUGGAUGACUUAGAGAAUCUGGAGUUUCUAGUAUCUUGACAUUCUCAUGCCCACAAACGCAUCCCCCAAAGCCUCUCUGGUCUGUGAGAUUUCCUAAGAGUACUUGGAGCACUGCCUCCGAUCUGCCUUCAUCUCCAAGAGUGACUUGUAGGAGUUGCAGAGAACCAGAUGCCAGACCGAAUAUGUAAAUUGGCCUGGGGAAGGUUGUCCUUACCACACCUGUGGAGUGCCUUUGUUGCAGGUCUGAGCACUGCAGGCUCCCCCCAGGGCAGGCCUCACCUCAGUGUUCCCACAUAAACAGGUCCACUUGUCUCUCCUUGUAGAAACAAACGUGUGACAGCUCUGUGGCAUCUUUCAGUUGAGUGGUUUAGCCACUGCCCAGCUGGCAUUAGUCACCAGACAGACCUGUCCAGUCAGUGAUUCUUUGAAAGGAAUAUUUGAUAGAUGCCCUUUCCCUUCAUAGCAUGUGCAUCAAGCCUAACAGACCAUUUUGUUUGCUUCAUUUGAACAGGGGAGAGAGAGUCCAUGGUCUCCUUCCAUCCCCAUCCCAUGGCCCCCAUUCCUUGCUCUAGGUUGAUACCCUCCAGGUAACAUGGAGGUGACUCAGGAAUGCAUCAUUUCCAGGGUUGUGUUGUGGCCAAGCAAAGACCAUAGACAGUUGAGGGAAGUCUCCAGAAGUAACUGCAGAGACAGCACCCUCUGCCCCUGUGGCCCAGGAUCCCAUAGCUCUUUGCAGGGACUCUUCUCAGGACCAUUGUACAGCAAAGGGAAGCAGUGCUGCUUAGAGAAACCUCCACCCACACCCCAGGCGGGGAGAACUCCUGUUGGGACACGGGUCUGUUGUGGUGCCAAGCCUCCCUUCUGUCCUGCGUAGCCUUAGCUGUUGGGUCAGAAGGGCAAGCAAUGAGAUCCCUUGUCUCUCCCUUCUAGGGGUGAGUAGAAUGCAGUACACAUCCUAUGCCUCCAGGCACAAAAGGCUGGCUGGCUCUGGAAGUCAACCCCAGCAUUGGGGAUUUGAGAUUUGUAUUUGCUUUUUUCCUCUAACAUACUGGAGAGGUGGGGAGACCAACCUUCAGUCUGCUUAUCCUUUAUACUGGAUUUUAAUGUCAUUAAGGCCUUUUGCUCAUGAAAUCAAGACAAAUAUGUAUUCGAAAUCUUGUCCACAGCAACAAAUGAGGAGAAACAGGAUAAGGAGAUGAUUCAAGCUAGGCACUGUUGGUGUUGGCUGAUGGCAUCUGGGUUGCUUCUGAGUAAUCCUGAGCUGUGGUGCAAUGACUGGUCAGAGCUGCUUCCUCUGCUGCAGCAGCUUUUGGAGGAGAGAGCCAUGCUCAGGAGUUCUUGUUGAGUGGCCUUGGGAAAUGGCUGUGCACGUUCUCUGAUCUAGGCUGCCGCCACUGCUUCCUCCUGUGCUCACUCAUACAGAGAUCCUAAAACACGGACAUGGUCCUUCUACAGAGUCACUCCCCUUGUCUGCCGAGGCAUGACCUAGACAUGGGGGCCUUCAGAUGAACUCUAAAGUGGAAGCACCCCCUCCCCCAAAAAGGAAAAGCAGAGGUCUUAGGAUUGUCCUUUAGAGUUUCCAUUCAAAUUUCCAAAGUUGAUGUCCUUGAAAUGAUAAAAAAGAUCAGGAACUGUCCAAUAACUAAAUCUCUCUUGUUAAAAUCUGCCUAAAGCCUUGUCAUGUACUGUUGCCUCCUAAAGACACUGGACUAGUGUGGUCAGGAGAGUGUGCUGCUUCAGGCCAUCAUGCCGUGCUCUGCCACAGGGCACCCUUUACCCCCUCUGCAGACCUUGUCCCCGGCCUUCAAGCCAGGUCACGGACACCUGCAGAUCAUGCCAACAGUGUCAGCAUGCAGACAGGGCAUGUCAGCCUGGCUAGAAACAUGUAGAGGAAACAAUUUGAUUUAAAAGUCAAAUUAAAGGCACAAUUUGAAUUGCAAGCUCAUGUACACUGUAUGCAGUCAGCUAAUCUCCCAGGUAAAUACAGAGACUGUCAGUUUUUAAGUUAUCAUUUGGCAUCUGCUGGGUAGGUGGGCUUGAGGGCCUUCUGUAUCAAUGGAGAAGCCAUGUGUGAAGUAGUCUGUCAGGACACGAGCUUCCAAAGACAUGGCAGGUUCACUGUGCACAGGGACCCAUAGCUUCUGCUUUACAGAGAGUUCAACAUAUGCUGUCAUCUGCUCUGGGUAGCCCAGGUUUUUAGCUCAGAUGACACAUCCAGCCUAUGGCUUGAAACUGGAACAAGGACACGCACAGAGUGGCUGCAUCUGUCAACAGCAAGCAGGCAGAUGCUUCUCUAAACCGCCUGGUCUUAGCUCUUUUGAAUAAGACUACUGUCUCACCAAAACCUGCUUGACAUGUUCUUAAUAAGGGGACUGUCAUUUUCAUUUUGAAAGGCAUUGGCUGCUAUUUUUUUAUUAUAUGUCAUGUGAUCUUCAUAAAAUUUGAAAUACUUUCUUUAAAUCACUGUUUUCUUGGUAACUGCAAAUUUUACAUCUCAGAAGGGGGAUUUUUUUUACUGAACUUGACAAUUACUUGAUUUCAUUGCUACUCUUUAAACAUUAUAAAAAUAGCAAGUUUUACUGUGUUAUGGAAAGGAGUUUAUAUUAAGAAUCAUUUUUGGCUAUUAAUUUUAAGCCACUCCAGAGCAUUGCCCAGAGAACUCCCUUGAGGUUCACUAUGAGGCCUACCUCUCUUCAUCCUCUUGCUGGGUACCAUUUGUUUUGCCCCUGGGUUGCUAUGACAUCCCUCCAUUGAGUAUGGCUGGGAUUCAAGCUGGUAGUGAGUUCUCUAAGGGAAGAGCACCUGUGGGCUCACGGUGGGCUCAAUGGUGCUUGUACAGGAAGAGGUUGGACUGAAAGCAGCCCACUUGGAGAGGUGGCUGGUGACCACCAGGAGAUCUGUGGAGUCUCCACAGACCAUCAGCCGACAGCCAUGAGGACCUGUUCUUAGACAGCGCAUGGCCUAUGCGGGUGCUUUGCACUUAACAGCUGCCCUAAGUGGAGACAGACACCAGAGCAGCCUCCUCGGCCAGAUGGUUUUUGCUACCUGUUGAAUUCUGCAAGAAAAGUCGGCAUUUGGGGUUUGGUGUGGUCACAGUCAUGCUAACAUGCAAAAGGUACAGUGUUUGAGAAGCUCUGGUUAGAGUAGAACAUCCCCGUUCAUUCAGCUUGCUAUCUAAACACCUUUGAACCACAGGUAAAGAUAGCACCCCAGAUAACCAAAACCAAGAUACACACAAAAUCAUGUAUUUUUAAAAUAAUUGUGUCUGCUUAGAUACAACAUUGCUCUGGAACUGCCAGCCCACAGCGCAUCCAGCAUGUGUCCAUCUGUGUGCUUUUUACCUGCUUUGUUCAGAAACCCUCCAUCGUAUGUGUGUGUGUUGUAGACAAGUCCAGCACCCAUCUAUUGACCUUUGUGUAAUGCUAUGGAAAUAAUCAGUUCAUUUCCUUCAAGUCUUUUCUUUUGGCCUUUUUCACUGCUGUCAUUUCUUGUGCUUGUUUUUCCCCAGUGAGGGUUGUCGGAGAGAAAACACAAUGAAGAAUGUUGGAAGUCGCAAAUAUGCAUUUAACUCCCUGC